GUUGUUAGUUUUCUAGAUGCAACUUGAUUUCCUCCUUCGAUGCAAACAAAGGAGUUGUACGUGUUUACAAGACGACACUGUUACAAGAGUAUCUUCGAAAAACUCUGUUCUUUCCAAACUCAACUGUGGCCCAUUUAUAGUCACAAAGUCACACACUCUCCUUAGUUGGACUUUCUCUUGUUGUCAUGUUUCCUUGCAAAACUGGUCUUUGGUUCGACCUAGUGGCGCUGCUUGGCUUUUGGUCAUACAGGUAUUCCACGAGUAAUCAAUGAAGAGUCGUUUCCUUUGAAAAGGAAAUAUUUUUCGCUGUUAUCCUCGUACUGUACAACUACUUUUGGUGACUGUUUCGCAAUUUCUUCUCCUUCUCAAUGUGUGGUGGUACUAGUUGGUUCCAUCGAAAAGCUAGUUUGGUUUGUAUGUUUUAGUUGUUUAGGAAAGCAGCAGUGAUAAAACGUCGUCAAGAACAGGAGUUAUCGUUCAUAUACUGUUUCAUCUCGACAAGUAUUAUUAAAAUGUUUGAAUAAUGUCUUGGGAAAAGUCGAUAUUGUUGCUCCAAGUUGUCGUAUACUUGUCAACCUGAAACUGUAUCCGAGGAUCUCUGGUUGUGAACUUUAAUCUGUUUUAAACUUUCAGAGAGUUGGCUAUAUGAUUUUAUCAUUUUUGUUUCUGUAAGUUAGAAGAAGCAAACCUAAAACUCCUUGUCUUGGUCUGUAAUUACUGGGAGAGAUACUGAAAUAUUUGUCACGAUGUUUUCAGCCUCAGUUACCCAUUUGCAUUAUAGUUUCAGUUGUAUAGUUAUUUUUUUCUACAUAUAUAUAUAUAUGUGUGUGUGUGUGUCAAUCGGGAAACCAUUUCCCACAGUUAUUUAUCCUUACACGCACAUGAAAAUUGAUUCGACUUUCAACUCGAUAUUAUAUUCCACAGCUUGAUGAGAAUUCAAUUAUGUUUGGUAAUUGUGUUU